UCCGACUGUCCCGAAGGCCCCGCCCCCUCGAGCUCAACUGACGUGCAGGAGUAACUUAUGCGUGUGAACAAAACUUAGUACAUUUAACGCUGGAUUAAGAUUUAUGUGCCAUAACGUAUUAUAAACACAUCACGUUUUCACUAAAAGCACAUUAAUGCGCACAUAAUGACGCGAGAGGAGGACCUGUUGCGGAUUGCUAAAAAACUAGACAAGAUGGUGUCUAGAAAUAACAUGGACGGAGCUCUAGAUCUUCUGAGAGAAUUGAAAGAUUUCAACAUGACACUGAAGCUGCUUCAGGAUACAAGAAUUGGCAUGUCUGUCAACGGAAUAAGAAAGCAUUGCACAGACGAAGAUGUUGUGAACUUGGCAAAGAUGCUAAUCAAAAACUGGAAGAAGCUUUUGGAAUCAGCUCAAAACCAGAAGUCUGAGAGGUUGAAUGAGGUGAAGAAUGGCAAACAUCCAAGCAAGACAUCAGGGUCACCCAGCAGGACCUCACCUGAGAGAGAGUCCAGUCCACGAAAGUCAACAGUGGAAACUAAACCAGACAUAAACUCUAACAAGAAACUUGAUGAAAAACACAGAAGACAAAAACCUGAUGCAGAGCUCAGGAUUGAGAAAAGAGAAAGUGAGCAGAAAAAAGAGAAACAAACUAUUGACAAUAAAAAGGAGCGAGAGAGGAAAGAUGAAAUGAACAGUGAUCAACUUCCUUCCCCAAUGACGCAUUCAUCUCCACCCCCCAAGUGUUCACCGUCUGUGGAAGUGAAGAGGGAGAGGAAAGAUGCUCCUGUUGAUUUUUUCCCUCCUGUUUCAGUCAAUUCCCACCCUCUAAGACGCUCAUCGAUAGAUGCAAAGAAAGAGAGAAAAGACACUCAGGGUUCUUUACAGUCUCCUCCUCUUCAGGCUCAUCCUCAUAAACGUCUCUUCAUAGAUGGAAAGAAAGAAAGGAGAGAUGCACCUUAUCCUCUUUUUCCUCUUCAUCAUCACCCUCAUCCUCCACUUCCUCCUCCUCCUAUUCCUAUCCCUAAGCUUACAUCAGACAUGAAGAAAGAAAGGAAAGUUCCUUCUGAAACUUUACCACCUCCUCCUCCUCUUCUUUCUUCUCCUCCUCCCAAACGUCUAUCAAAAGAAGAGCCCAAAGAAAGGGCAAAAAAAGCACCUGAUCCGAACGCCCCUCUUCCUCCUAUACCUUUUCAUCUACAUCCUCCUCAGAAACGUGAAAUGAAGAAAGAGAGAAAAGAAACAGCUGAACCCGGUGCUCCUCUCCAUCUCCCUCCUGCUCCUCUCCAUCUUCAGCCUCCUACACCUACAAAACGUCCUGCAUUAGACACAAAGAAAGACAAAGAGAAAGAAAGGAAAGACACAUCAGACCCAAAGCGACAGACCUCUGAACACAAUGAGAAAGAUAGAAAAGACACAAGAGACAGUAAACCCCUCAAAAGGCCAUCAAUGAAGAUCAAGAUUGAGAGAAAAGACUCCACAGAGUCCAAAAAGCUCCAUUCUAGAAAGCUCAGCCUGGAUGGACGGAGAGACAGUAAGGACUCUACUGAUUCCAAGUCAAGCCAUCACAUUUUGAAACGACAAUCAAGUGAACUUAAAUUGGAGAGGAGAGAUUCUACUAACUCAAGGUCUGGCAGCUCACCUCAGGGCAAGAAAUCUAGUGAAAGGCAAGAACUAAAAUUACAGAAGCAUCAUUUGGAUGUGACCAGCAGCAUUUCAUAUGGCUUUAUUAUUUUUCAGGGAGUUCUCUGCCAAUAGUGGCAUUAUGUUCUCACUCUUAUGCUUUUGGAUGCGCUCAGAUAUACUUCAAAUUCUGCCGACUCAAUGUCCCAGUUGUAAUACACCACAAAAUCCAUUCAAAUGAUAAAUCAACAAAUCAGAAAAAUAAUGCGGUUCCACAGAUAGCAGUAAUACAUAAUACUGUUGGCAUGUGUGAUUUAUUUAAGUCUGUUGUUUUAGUCUAUGACUUUCACACUAAAUGCUUAAAUUUGAUUACAUUUAACCCUCAUGUUUUUUACUGGUCAUUUGAACCCAGAGAGGAUUUUCUUUUUCCCGAAAAUACUAGUUAAUGUUAUCACAUUGGACUAAAACUUACUGACUUUGCAUACACAG